GCGGCGUGCUGGUGACGGUGGUGACGGUGACGGUGGUGGCUGUGGUGGUGGUGGUUGUGGUGGUGGUGGUGGCCGAGCCUUCUUCCUGUAGCAGCAACAACAACUGCUGCCGCGACUCCUCCUCACCCACACACCACUCACCCACCGCACGCUGCGAGCCAGCGCCACCGUCUUGUCUCCCCGGCUCCACCAGCAACAACAACAACAGCAGCAGCAACAGCAGCAGCCCGGCUCCACCACCAACAACACCAACAGCAACAACACCAACAGCAGCAGGAGCCCGGCGCUCGGUGGACAACGAAGCAGCGGCAGCGACCAUCAGCGACGACUCCCGUGGCUGUAGAGCCCUGGGUGCGCGUGGAGACAACAUCUGAACGGACGUCACGACCAUGGCCGCCGCGGCAGUGACGGCGGCGGCGCCGGUGGCCUUGCCCGGCGUGGACCCGCGGCAGGAUUUCCCCGCGUGGCUGGCCGCCCACGGCGUGAGCCUCGGCGUGGCCGAGGCCGUGGACCGGGAGCUGGGCAUCGGCGACUACGAGGCCUUCCUGGCGUGCGCCGAGCAGCCCCACGUCAGGGCCGAGAUGUUCGCCGCCGCCAGGGAGCGGCUGCCUUUCGCCUUCUACGCCGUGCUGCGCCGCCUCACCGAGGCCUCGUCCCCCAAGCGCCACGACGGGGCAGGGGUGGGGGGCGCCGGCGGGGGGGGCCUGCAGGUGGCCGCCGCCGUCGCGGCCUUCCAGCCGUUUCUCGGCGGCCUCUUGGACGCCAUCGUCCUCACGCUCAACAGCCUGAGCCACGAGCUGCUCCAGUCGGCCGAGAGGUUCAGCUGCCUGGAGCCCGCGCUCUAUCCGCUGCUGGAUGACGGAGGAGAGGCGGCGCACGGCGACGGAGACGGCGGCGGCGCGCGGGAGUCCGCCUGCUCAGAAGCGGACGAGGGCCCCCCCGGGGGGUACAAGGCUGCCGCGGACGUGACACUUCUGGAGGUGGCGGUGUUGGAGCCGGCGGCGGCGGCGGAGCGGCGGGAGAAGCGGCGGCCUGCACGGCCGUGGGACCACGUGCACGUCAAGACGGAGCAUCCCCCCGAAGACCCGGCGAGCCGCUCGGCGCGGCACGCGGCGGCGGCGUUGGGGGAGCGACACCGCGCGUCCCCUGCGGGGAGGGCCGCCGCCUUCGGCGAAGACGAGUCGGUCGACCUGAGCCGCGUGUGGAAGGGGCCCAGCCCCAACAAGCGCAGGGCCAAGGCCGCGGUCGACCACGGCGCGAGGUUCCCCGAAUCCGGCGAGCAGCAGCACGCUCCUCCCAUCGCCGGCGUCACCGCCGGCGGCGUCUAUCGGAAAGCCCCGGCGGCGCACGACGCCUACGAGCAGCCGCCUGCCGAGUACCGGCCGCUCGACAAGAAUGGCGAGGGCCCCUGGGGCGAGGUCCAGGAGGCCGCGGCGCAGGAGGCCGUCGGGAACGGCCUCGACCCAGCCGCGUACUCCCACCGGGAGACCCCCGAGCCCUACAAGAGGGAGGCGCGGCGCCUCGCCGGUUCCCCCGACGAGGAAGUCGCGGCCGAGACGGAGCCCGGCGUCAAGGCGGCCGGGGACGGGGACGCGGCGGCCUACGGCCCGCGCGACCCGGUCUACGGCCUCGCCGGCGGGGGCGGCGGCCAGAGGCCGUACGCGGAGGAGCACGGGCGCUACUCGCCCGGCAGCUACGUGUCCGCCAUGCAGCUGGCGCAGCUCGGGGCCAUGGCGGCCGAGGGCUCGGCGGAGGACGCGAUGGCGCGGCGGUUCUGGUGCGACCAGUGCGGCAUGCGCUUCACGCACUCGCACGUGCUGAUCCGGCACAAGCGGCGGCACACGGGCGAGAAGCCGUUCGAGUGCCACGAGUGCGGAAAGCGCUUUUCGCGCACCUGUAGCCUGGCGCGGCACCGGCGCACGCACGAGCGCCUCGCGCAGGACUUCACCGCCGUCAUGGGCUACGGCGGCGCCGGCAGCGGAGGCGGCGUGCCCGACGGCCCCGGCGAAGCGCAGCCCUUUCCGAGCCAGUCGCCCAUCUGUCCGCCGUGAGCGAUCUCGCAAGCGAGAGGAGCGAGCGAGCCGGUGGAUGGGUUGAGGGCGUGGAUGAGAGGGUGUGGGCGAGUAGGUGAGAGAAUGAGUGAGUUAAUUAGUGAGUUAGCGAGCAAACAAGUGAGUGGGAAGUAAGUAAGAGGGAUUCGUGAUGAAUAGGUAAACGAGUGGCUGAACGAGCGAGCGAGUGACCUGUGAGCGGACGAGUGAGCUCGUGAGUGAACUGCAUUCUGGAUGAGUGAGCGAGCGAGCGAGCAAGGGCUGACUUUUGCAACGUACAGUGCCACGCAGUUAGUUUAACACCUAGGCUUUCGCGACCAAUAUCAUCCAUUAUACAGGUUUUUUUGGGUUAGAUUGCAUAAAAAUGGAAAUGUUUAGUUAAACCCGCCACCACCUGACACAGCCAAUUAGUAAGGUUUGUUACGUAAACAGAACAUGGCAUUACUAGUACAGCAUACCAACACACCGGUGUGCUGUACUAGUAACGAAUUGUUGGCUCUCCAACACACCGGUGUGCUGUACUAGUAACGAAUUGGCACGUUCUGUUUACGUGACGAACCUUAUUGGCUGUGUCAGGUGGUGGUGGGUUUAACGGCACAUUUAUAUAUUUACGUGAUCUAACCCAAAAAAACCUGUAUUAUGCCACGCAGUCGUUGGUUGUGUGUUUCGCUGUUGUAUGAGGAUUGGUAAAAGAAAAAAAUCCUGGAAUAAAAAGUUCCCUUCCAUGGAUGGCAGCUGUGCCCAGUCUGAAACGGCAUUGCCUACGCAAGGCCUCAUCUCAACCAGGCCUGCCCGGGUUUGGUGGCUCGGAAAAUAUUUCCGCAUCCGGCACACGGCAUGCAGUAUGUUUCUCGCUGUGGCUGCGAUUACCACUCACGAGCCGCCUGCUCCAGGCGACCGGCGACCCGGGUCGUGUCAAAAGAAAAAUGGACUCGCCGAGUGUUCGCGGGCGGGUUUCCGAGUUUGCGUGUCGCCUGUUAACAGCCAGCUUGAGGAUGUAUAAUAGAUGUUACUAUUUACCUAUGAAGGCCUCACUUGGGAUGUUUAGCCAUGUUGUCGAGAGAUUCUAUCCAUGGGAAGGAAACGGAAUUCCCAUGAACAAAAUCUCACGAAAAAAAACUUGUGUGGGAAACACUCCCACAUCAAGGUAGAUAAGAAAUCUACUUUCUGUACUGCCUUGUGCACUGCAGCGAGUCUCCUUUGUGUUUUUUUCUUCUCCCAUAUCUAUAUAAAUAGCGUUUUUUUAACGGCUGUUGAAUAAGCGGACCUUUUUUUUACCGUGAGGCGGAUCCGUCAGCACUGCGUAGGGAUUUCUCCGCGCUGUGUCAGAUACGUUUUCUUUUUGGUAGGCAGCAGUUGCGCCUUUGCGAGGAGGGAGGAGGGAAGAGGAGGUGGAGGCAGGAGGCGGGAGGAGAGCAGUUUUACUAUCCUGGACAAUAGCGGUGGACGAUAGCGGUGGGCGAGCACGCUCCCCGGCACUUGCGCUCCGGCACAUCGGCGUUGUGUCAGUGCCGUCGAAGCCGAUCCGGUGCGUGGGUUUAGUUUCGUCGAUCUCUUUAUGGGGGAAAGCUUCGCUUCUCGAUUUUAUUUCAUUUUUUUCGCGCCACACAAACGGCCCAAAAGAACUAACGGAGCUCGGUUCUUUGGUUUCGUCGCCGGGUUUGUCAAAGGUGCACCCCUCUACGUUGCGCGGCAUGGCUGUGGCCGCCCGCUCAUCUUGCUCUUGCGUCUGGUGGCUUCGUUUGAACUUCAUCGUGGUUGUCCAUUUUCUUUUUGAACUUUGCAACAACAAAUUAACCGUGUGUGUGUGUGUGUUUUUGUUUUGCCUGUUCAUUUCAUAUAUAUAUAAUCUCUCGCAUUCAUUUAUUCCAGGCGCCCAAGCAAGACUGUUUUUUAUUACGUUAUUCCAAAGAUUGAUAAGAAAUAAAAAAUACCAUAGGCACUGAAUGUUACUUAGAUAUUUGCACUGUUUGGCAAUGCAAUGCAGAUGAUGCUUUUGCUGCGAUUAAUGCUGACAAUCAAUGAACCCAGUGCUCGAACUUGUUCGCAGCGAUGACCAGUGGUCGAAAUGGAAAUGUAGAAUCCCCACCGCCGGGUGAUGAAACCGAAUCGCCCUGCGGCGCGCUUUCAUUUCCCUUUCCCCUCUGCGUGGAACAUCGCAGCGUCGGGGACGGGGGGGCCGUUCCACUAAGCGCCCGUGCGCACACACACGCGUGCGUGCGCGCGAGUCCGGCUGUCGUGAGAAGUGCCGGCGUGGCGUACCGCGAGUGUACCCCGGCUCUGUUUCGAUCGCUGGUGAUGCACUCGUAGCCAAAUUGCCUCUUUGUUCCACUGCGCAGCAACAACGACAGCAACAGGCGAGCCGCGCUCCGGGCUGCGCUGAGCCAGCCCAGCGUGACUCGGGAGGCGGCAAGGAUUUAGUUUGUUUGUGUGUUUACCCCGCCACUGCAGAAGCCAAGCCGGUGCCGUGUUAGCUGACGUCACGAACGCGUCGAGUCACGAACGCAUCGAGUCACGCGUAGGUUGACGCGACUCCGUGAUGGGCUCAUUGGUUGCUCACGGGCGAACGCCGCACGUGCGGAUGCCUCUGCGAGUGUGUGCUCCUGUGUGACUGUGAGUGAGUGUGUUCUCCUGUGUGAGUGUGUGUGUGAGUGUGUGCUCCUGUGUGACUGUGUGUGAGUGUGUUCUCCUGUGUGAGUGUGUGCGACUGUGUGAGUGUGUGUUAGUGUGCGACUGUGUGCGACUGUGUGAGUGUGAGUGUGUGCUCCUGUGCGAGUGUGAGUGUGUGCGACUGUGUGAGUGUGUGACUGUGUGAGUGUGUUCUCCUGUGUGAGUGUGUGUGAGUGUGCGACUGUGUGAGUGUGUGUGAGUUUGUGCUCCUGUGCGAGUGUGUGUGAGUGUGCGACUUUGGAAGUGUGCGACUGUGUGAGUGUGUGCGACUGUGUGAGGGUGCGAGCGUGCGUGCGUGUGUGCGUGCUCCUGUGUGCUCCUGUGUGCUCCAGCGUGCGCGCUGUCCAGCCACGAUGAAUUGUCGUCGGUGACUUCGUCGGAGCGCCCUGCCGUUGGGCCUGACACCGCGAUCUGCACGAUCCCCCCCCCCCCCCCCCGUUUCGGCUGCGUCGCCGUGUUUGUCACUCGAAAUGCAGCACUGCGCAUUUUGCGUAAGUUAUGGACAGCAAGCUUGAUACGUUUUUUGCAGUUUUUAAAUUAUAUUUGCAUGGUGUACCAAACGUUUGUAAUAAAUCAAC